ACUUUCAGCACCCACACUCCCGACACUCAUCAAAAGAUCCUGGCAACAACAUCAGGUUAUCAAGGAUAUCAAACAGCAACCAACCAUGGCCAAGAACAAGCCUCGGGGUCCCAAGAAGACGCCAGUGAAAAUGGCUCUUCCCAAAUCGGUGAUACCGAAACAAUCGUUGGAUUUCAAGAAUCGCACGUUGGAACAGGAAAAGUCGUUCCUGACCAAGGUGAAUCCCACCCUUUACAAGAUUGACGUUGGAUUUGUCCCUGGCAUGAACGUCCCUGCCUACGUGAUUGUCAAUGAUGAACUGGAGCAAUUAUUGCUGGAGGAAUUGGCCAGUAGUGCUCCGGGAGGCGACAAACGAGGAGGUGGCUUUUUACCGGCGCUCAAGCAAGUGGCCAAUGUGGCGGCGCUGCCGGGAAUUGUCAAGGGCAGUUUUGCCAUGCCCGAUGUCCACAGUGGCUAUGGAUUCUGUAUUGGCAAUGUUGCGGCAUUUGACAUGGACGAUCCAGAUGCCGUGGUCAGUCCGGGUGGAGUUGGAUUUGACAUUAAUUGUGGUGUUCGAUUGAUACGUACCAAUUUACGAGAGGAAGAUGUGAGUGGAGAAAAACGACAAGAAUUGUGCCAGUCGCUAUUUGAUCAUGUCCCUGUGGGUGUGGGUCAAGAUGGUGUCAUCCCAAUGAAUCUCAAAGAUCUAGAGGAUGUCUUGCUGAUGGGCAUGGAUUACUGCCUGCGGGAAGGAUACAGCUGGCCAGAAGAUCGAGAGCACUGCGAAGAAAAUGGACGCAUGUUACUGGCCGAUCCCUCCAAAGUAUCGAAACGAGCCAAAAAACGAGGCGUCACUCAAUUGGGCACCUUGGGAGCCGGGAAUCACUAUGUGGAAGUGCAGGUUGUCGAUGAGAUUUUUGAUGAAACCGCUGCACAGAGAAUGGGUAUUGGAACCGUUGGACAAGUCUGUGUCAUGAUUCAUAGUGGCAGUCGGGGAUUGGGCCAUCAGGUAGCCACCGAUGCUCUAGUGGAGAUGGACAGGGCCAUGACUCGAGAUGGAAUACAACUCAACGAUCGCCAACUGAGCUGCGCCCGUAUCGGCAGUGAUGAAGGACAACAAUACCUGGCCGCCAUGUCAGCGGCAGCAAACUAUGCAUGGGCCAAUCGCAGCUGCUUGACCUAUUUGGUCAGAAGGGCUUUCUCCAGAACAUUUGAAAAGAAUGCAGAAGAUUUGGAUAUGCACUUGGUGUACGAUACCAGUCACAACAUUGCGAAGGUGGAAGAGCAUGCCAUGAUUGAUCCCGAAACAGGCGAACCGGAGAUCAAAAAGUUGCUCGUCCAUCGAAAGGGUUCCACCCGUGCCUUCCCGCCGCAUCAUCCUUUGAUUCCUGUCUCAUACCAGUUAACAGGUCAGCCAGUAUUAAUUGGCGGCACCAUGGGAACCUGCAGCUAUGUUCUCGCGGGAACAGAAGAAGGCAUGGACUACACAUUUGGAAGUACGUGUCAUGGCGCAGGACGGGCUCUGAGCCGCAAUGCCAGCAGACGAAAACUAGACCAUGAAGAGGUUCUGAAACAAUUGGAAGACAAGGGAAUUGCGAUUCGGGUAGCCAGUCCCAAGUUGGUCACAGAAGAAGCACCAGAGUCGUACAAGGAUGUCAUACAUGUAGUUGACACUUGUGAGCGGGCCGGGAUAUCGCGAAAGGUGGUCAAGUUGCGUCCAAUUGCUGUUGUGAAGGGAUGAGUUUGAUUCAUCGCUGGCCAACGAAUAUAACAAUAUACAUCGUUCGGUGCAUUCCGUCGGUGACGCAAAGAGCCAGAGCUGCUGUACAUGGCACAUGGCACAAGUGGGAAGUGGGACAACUUGACAUGAAGUCGUUGGCGGCUUGUGUUAGACAAUACUGUGUUUGUCAACUUGAGGAGGCGUGAUACUAGUACUUGAUACGAGCAACGCUACGAGCAUAAUGGCAAGGGUUUAGCUUCACAAGCUAUCAGUACUGGGGUUUUUGUUUUUGUUUGGCUCUCACUGAGGGAGGCAGCACGUGCUUAGCCUACCUGGUAGUUUUUAAACACCAACAUCCUUAGACUAGUCUCCUAGGAACAUCCAAUGGGCACAUUCUCGAGGCGGCAGCCCAC